AUGGAGCAUUCAACCCGGUCGUCGUUGCCUGCGGUCUUUUCCCCAGCCAAGCAAUCAACGGCCCCUUGCCCUCCCAGCCACGGUUCUGCCACUGCUGGGAGCCAAAAACCCACCGUCGCCGGCGAACCGUUUGCAGUAAAUAGCGGGGGUGAUCAUGCCCACAGACUGGAGCACCCAGCUUUGCCCCCCAAUCAUGACCGCGAAGGCUUGGAGGAGCACCGUACUCGUGCCGACCACCAUGACGCGGCGGGGGACAAGUCCCCAUUUCGUCAUUUGGUCUUUGAUCCCAGCAGUUUAGAGCGUACCAGACUGAGGACACGCCACAAGCACAAGCACAGCAAGUCGCGGGAUGGCCGUCUACCUCGAAUUAUGAACCCGAUGAGUGCUUCAUCUGCUGCAAGAGGCCUGCUGCCGGCAUGGCCAAGCGGUAGAGAGAAAGAGAGCGACAUGGAUGACGCCCUGCUUCGGCCUAUCACGCGGGAAUCGACGCGAUCAGGCUACGGAUCUGAAUACCCUGCGGGCUUCGGCGUUGGUGCUAGGAAAGGAAGCUUAUUUGAUAAUAUCGACCAGAAUAGCAAACUUGGCCCGGUGAGAGGACGGGAGAUUCGUUCGAUGGAGGAUUUGGAAAUGUUAACCGAGAGAAGGACCCUUGGUGAAAAAUUCUUACGCUCCGCCCUGUCAUUGAUCGGAACCCUUGCGACAGACAUCACUCGUCGACUAGACUAUACGUACUACAAUCUACUGGAGAAGAUCGCGGCCCUCACCUCCACGAUCGCUUCAUUUCAAGAACUAUUCGAAUCUACUUCAGCACUCUUCGAUGACUUUGAGAAGGAGACCAAGAACUUGGGCCAGGAAAUCCAGAAGCAGAUAUUGGAGUUCAAAGAGUUCCGACCUCAGGUACAAAAAGUCGAGGCUUUGGAACAACGUAUGAAGGCGGGAAGGACGAGGGCCGACGCCCUGAAUGAAAGGCUUGAAGUGAUGAGAACCAGGAUUGAUUGCUGGGAGAAGAGGGAGGUGGAAUGCCAAAGACGAAUCAACCGAGGUCUUCGAAUUUUCUGGAUCGUGGUGACAACCGCGUGCGUCGCCGUGCUUGUUGCUUUGGUUGCCCAAAGCUGGAGCGUGGAGUCAUCGGCGUCUGGAGGCCCAGGUACGACGGCGAUACCAGCCCUCAACUCGUCGCGCCCUCUACAUCAUGGGAAUGAGGGCGGUCCUUCAUGGUCCUUGUAUCCGCCCGGACUGAAUGAUCGAUAUUCAGAUGUCCAAAAUCGCCAAUCAUCUCGGUCAGCCAAUACGGCCACUUCUAAUGUCGCAGCCGGGGGUGUGCAGCCGACCGAUCGAGAUCCCCUGAAAUUCCUGGAAGAGCUCUGA